AUGGUGCUUUCUCUUCCCGUUCCCUCUGCACUGUCAACCAUGCUGCCCAUUGUUCUGAGAAUAAAGGACAUCCUUCAUUUUGCCCCUCCCGACGUCAACCCCCUGGAUCCCAUCACACCUUUUGCCAUUCCACCUCAAUCAGUCAAUCCCCUGAUUCUUACCUUCACUUGCCAAGAGUUUCGCGCUUUUUGGGCGCAGGAGAGGCGAGCAUAUGAUUGGCAGUACCGAACUGCCGCCCACUCUAAAUUUUACAGGCAGGACCAUGAAACCCCUUGCCCAACAGGUCCUCCCACCUUGCCACACAUGCGAGUCGCCCUGGCAGAAAGCCUGAGUUUGACUGGAGCCUGCAGUACAUAUGCCGCCGUUGGCAUAAACCAAAAGAAAUCAAGAACGGAAUCGUUUCUGUUGGAGCAGAUUGCAAGGCAUCCCUCACUGUGCGGAAAAUCAUUGAAAAAGACGAGAUUCAAGUCGAAUAUCAUUGGGAGCAUAAUCAUGACACGUCUGCCACAGCACGAGCGAAAUUGCCUUGCGGACGAAAUGACCGAGAAUGGCUCCAACAGCAGGUUGAUCAAGGCCAUGAUUGGAAGUCGAUCCAGAAGAAGUUACGUCCUGAUCAAGAGUUGGUGCAAGACGCGGAGAAUAAGGGAAUCGCAGAAGGACAAGGACCUUGUGAAGAGUAUCGAGCUAUGGCUCCAAGCCAUUAGAGAAAAGAGAGGAAAGACCCUGUUCGACCACAAACCGAGAGAGCAGAUGCUGACAAUCCGCUUUCUAUAUUCCUUCUUCACUAUUUGCAAGGUGAUGGCUGACAACAACUCCAUUUAUUGUAUGGACUCCACCCACAAGACUGUAACAAGUAUCAAGAUAUUGCUAUCGGAUGGCGGCACCACUAUCAAAUCAGCUUAUUUGUUCACGUUGCUGGUUGCGGAAUGCAUGCAGAUGAGACCACUGUUGAAAGAGAUUCGCAAGGCUAAGACUGCGGUGGAUCAGGAGCGCCUAUGGGCAGCAUUUAAAAGAAAAUUCCCCACAGCAACUACUUUAAUCGAGUAUAUCGAGAAUCGUUGGCUCAACGAACAUGUGGAGCGCUGGACUGCAUAUCAUAGAAUGGAUGGCCAAGAAGUCACCACCAAUAACUGGGUAGAAUCUUGGCACAAGACCUUAAAGCAGAAACACCUGGGCCACGAACGGAACGUGCGGGCAGACUAUCUGGUUUAUCUUUUGGAAGGCGCAGUUGACGCGGAUUUCCGCGUCGAGUAUUUUAAGAUCAAGAAUGGAUUAGCGCCACCCCCGCUUAGGCUCGACCCCAGCCUGAGGGAGAGACCGAGAGAGCAUUAAAUGCACAUGAAUUCAGUCAUUGCCUUUUUAGGCGCAGACGACAUUCGUCUCCUCUCAGGCUGGUACACAAGUCGGGGGCCUACUAUGCUCUAAAUAAAAAGGAAGG